AUGGCCGACAUUCAGUUCUGCAAGGAGUGCUCAAACCUCCUCUACCCUAAAGAAGACAAGAUCCACCACGUCCUCCUCUACUCCUGCCGCAACUGUCCCUACCAAGAAGAGACUCACAACCCUUGCGUCUACAAACACGACUUGAUCGUCAUCGCCAAGGAGACGGCGGGUGUUACGCAGGAUUUGGAUACGGAUCCGACGUUGCCACGAAGCAAUAUCGAGUGUCCGAGGUGGAGCGUCUUCUUCGGCGACCAAGGCCGGCGCGCACAAACGUCCAUGACCCUCUUCUACAACUGUACCAACUGUCAUAGGACGUUCCAGGAUCCGGCGUUGUUGAAGAGGCGGAAGGAGCAGGCUGCUCAGCAGGCUUGA